AUGAAUGUCUGGUCAAAUUGGUGUUCAGCUAGAGGAAUAAGUCAGCCAAUUGAACUUUUUCCUUAUGAACAAUUGGAUAAGCUUCUCAGCAAAUUUUAUGGCGAAGUUAAAAAGGUGAAUGGAGCGGACUACGAGCCAGAAAGCCUUCGCGUGAUGCAAGCUGCAAUUGAUCGCUACUUACGUGACAAAGAUUACGGCGAAAGUAUCAUUUCUUCAAGGCAAUUUCAUCAGUCUAUGAAGACACUCAACGCUAAAGCAGCACGUCUCCGACAGCAAGGCAUGGGUAAACGUCCCAACAAAGCAGAAGCACUCAACCAAAGCGAAGAGGAAUUGCUGUGGCAAAACGGUUCUCUCGGAAAUCAUUCGCCAGUCGCGUUGACAAAUGCCAAUUUCAAGUGUCUUUCGGAGCAAAUGGGUUUGCGAGGACGACAGGACCACUACGACGCAUAUGUGGAAGAUUUCAUCCUUCGUAAGCACGACGAUGGCUCUGAAUCUAUUGUAUUCAAUAAAAAUCCCACCAAAACACGAAGCGGCGGCCUUCGAGUCGCAAAAAGAACCACGAAGCAAGUUAUGUGGAGCACUGAUGGCGGCCCUCGAAACCCAGUAAAGCUUUUCAAGUUAUGGCUCUCCAAACGCCGUCAGCCGAUGCGAAACCAAGGCCCUCUGUAUCUGACAAUAAUUCAACGUCCAAAAAAUGACGAUGUUUGGUAUACCAAGGUACGAAUGGGCCAGAACACAAUUGGGAAAAUAAUGCCAAGAAUGACUUCGUCGCUCGAGAGCUCAACAGCGAAAAAGUUGACAAAUCACAGCACGAGAAAAACAGUUGUUCAAAAGCAGAAAUCUGCUGGACAACCACGCUAUGAGAUCAAGGAAAUUACCGGUCAUGCAUCAGAGGCAUCUCUAAAUGAUUACGAUGUAAUCAGCGAGGAAGAACGCAGAGAACUGUCUCAUAUCAUCAGUGGUUACAGUGCGUCAGCUUCGUGAACAACAACCUCAGUUCCCUCGAUCGUAUCGUCUUCCACAGCUCCUAGACCAACCGAACAUGAUACAUCAAUUGUCCCCGUUCAAGUCAAACAGCAAAUUGCAUCUGCAUCCAACGCUAUCCUUCGCCAAGAAGGUUUGUUGAGCAUUCCCCCCAGUGUUGACCACGAUCUCCCACUUGUGUCUGCCAAAAACCCAGUUUCCUCAUCGCUAGCUCCGGUUAAUAUUGCCUACAACAACUGUGUUUUUAAUAUUGGAAACCAGACGGUGAACACGGAUAAUUCAGCUGCCAGAAAAAGACUUCGAGCGGUUAUAUUUGACUCAGAUUCAGAUUAACUGAGCUAAAGAACUUCACCAUUUUGAACACGUUACAAACUUGCAACAUAUGGCUUCCCAGUUGUGUGUUGACUGUUGAAUAUUAUUAAAUUCAAACACUGUUGUCAUGUGAUUAUACCGGAAAUAAUACCCGGAAGUUAAUAAUAUGUUAAUUUGAUUAUGAUAAAUUUAAUUCAAUAUUGUACUAUUUCACUAUUACAGUAAGAAUUGUCGAGACAAAAAUUUAAUAAUUAUAUUGAAUUUCAACAAAUUGUAUUUUUGUGCCUUUUCCCCUCAAACAGUUUGAUUACAGAAGAUAAAUAAUUAAUAGCUAAUAGAACGAAUUAAGUCGUGCUAUUAAUGCCGUAAUCAUACUUGUGAUUAACAAAUCAAUUUUGUAAUCACUCGUAUGAUUAUGGCAUUAAUAGCACUCCUAUUCGUUCUAUUACCAUCAUUAAUCACACCUUUUCUGAGCUGUAAUCGCACGCUUGUCUACAGCCAGUGAAAAUCAUUCUAGUGUUUACAACUAGCUAAUCAGCAUUCAGGAUACAAACUUUGAAUUUUCUUUUCUUUAUUGCUGUAAAAAUUCUCAAAAUGGAGAAUUUUAAAAUUUAAAAAUCACAAAUUCUAUUUUUGUGCUUUUCCCCCUUAUACAGGUUGAUUACAGAAGAUAAAUAAGUAAUAGAACGAAUUAAGUCAUGCUAUUAAUGCCUAAUCAUACUCAUGAUUAACAAAUCAACCUCCCGCUAUGCGUUGUAAUUCAGUCGUAUAAUUAUGGCAUUAAUAGCACUCCUAUCCGUUCUAUUACCAUCAUUAUUAAUUAAUUCUAUGUAACUAAUGUUAGCAACUUAAGUCUUAUACUAAAACGGUCUGUACCAGUGUGGGUACUGGGUAGUAACAAUGCUGAGUGGUUAUAUAACUACCUGAAAAGAAAAGCAGAAACUCAACGUCGAGUUUCUGCUUGUUUUUUUUUCAGGUAUUAAUUAAUAUAACUACUCAACACAACAACUUAGGUCUUAUAGCAUAUCAAAUUAAAUUGUAACAAAUGCUUAUAUAGUGUAAUAGCUUCAUACAGUUGUAGUUAUAACUUAUAACAGUUUAUUACUACUUGAUUUGACAUUUGAAAGUUGUUUGAUGAAGAAAUUUAAAUUUCAAGGAAUAUUUUUUAUGUAUGCUUUUUUAUGUAUAUUUUUUAUGUAUGCUCUUUUUUGACCGAUUUGUGCAUCAGGUGAUAUCACUUAUAUCGGCUUUUUCAGUUCUCAGAAAAUUUGGGAAAUUUUUAACCUUUUUGUUGAUUUUUAUGGAUAAUUUUUAAAGAAAUUUCAAAACUUUCUACCAAAGAAAAUUGAAAAUCCUUUCUAGCAAUCAAAAAAUGUUCUAGGAACACCACCACUAUUUCCAGGUAGCCAUUAAUCAAGCAGCACUUUCCCACUCACAAAUAAAAUUGUCUGGCAUUAAUUAGACAGGAAUACAUUGUGGCACAAUGCAGCUUAUGACAUGCACCACAAGCUUUCUAGCCUGUGUCCGGCCUAGUAUAAUAGCUAGUUAACACCCCGCAAAUUGUUGCACCCUUCUUAAAUUAACAAGUUUACAAGGUUCAUGGAGCAUUUGCUCAAUUUUGAAGUCAAAGGUUCCCGUCAAUACUUUCUUUGGGCUAUCAAAGUUCCUUUCUAGUGAAGUAAAUUGUAAAUUAUAUUUUUAUAGGCUGAUGAUAAUGCAAAAGAAGUGGCUAAAUUGACCAAGCCCAGUAUGUCCUCAUUUAUCAUUAUUGGUUGUACCGUCGACAAGCCAAAUGAGGAGAUGGCCAUUGCUGGGGAAAAUGAG